CUAAAUACUCGUAUUUUAAUAAAUUUGUACUAACAUUUUGUAUCCCAAUUAUUGAUAGAAGAUACAAAUCUUAGCAUAGAAGCUUAAUCAGUUUGAAAAAGUUGGAGCGGUAUGGAGGCUGAAAGUGUAUGCUCCGUAAUUUGGGAACGAUUGACGAAUUUCUGUCUGUGAAGUCAACAACUCCAUCAAUGGAUUCCUCUCCUGCAAAAAUCACGCUUCUUUCAUCCUUCUCCUCCGAUGCCAAUUUCUCCCCGAGCCUAUAUAAAAUCCCGCCACCGCCAUAUCUUAUCUCAGCUCAAAUCUCUUUUCGAUUUUCUCAUCCGUUUCCUAUCAGCUUUGAAUCCAAUGGCGGAGAGUCGCAACAGUUCAAACUCCUCGGAGGGUCCCCCGCCGUUCGAUCCCUCAGUCCCAUCUAUUCCCGUUUCCUACCCGCUGAAAACCCUAGAAGAGCUCGAGUCCAGAUCUUACUUCGAUUCCUUCCACUUCCUGUUUAACAAGGCCUCCGUCAAGCUGCCCGCGGCUGUUGCCGGCAUGCUGCCGAAACGGCCCCGGCUUCUGGUCUGCCACGACAUGGCGGGAGGGUACGGCGAUGAUCAGUGGGUGCAGGGCGGUACUAAUCCCAGCGCGUAUGGUAUAUGGCAUUGGUAUUUGAUGGAUGUGUUUGUUUACUUCUCGCACAGUUUGGUUACUCUGCCUCCUCCUUGCUGGACCAACACUGCUCACAAGCAUGGCGUUAAGGUUCUAGGGACUUUUAUAAUGGAGUGGGAAGAAGGGAAAAGUCUUGCAAACAAACUACUGUCAACAAAGGAAUCAGCGUACAUGUAUGCCGAGAGACUAACUGAGCUUGCUGUUGCUCUAGGCUUUGAUGGCUGGCUGAUUAACUUGGAAGUUGAUCUGGAUGUUGGAAAACUCCCUACAUUGGUAGAAUUCGUCAACCAUUUGACCCAAACCAUGCACUCCUCGGUGCCUGGAUCUCUAGUAAUAUGGUAUGAUAGUGUUACAACAGAUGGUGAACUUAGCUGGCAAAAUAAGCUUAAUGAAAAAAACAAGCCUUUUUUUGAUGCAUGUGAUGGGAUAUUUUUGAACUAUUCAUGGGAGGAAAGUUACCCUAUGGAAUCGGCUUCUGUUGCUGGGGAAAGAAAAUUUGAUGUCUACAUGGGAAUUGAUGUCUUUGGAAGAAAUACAUUUGGCGGUGGACAAUGGAAUACUAAUGUAGCCCUUGAUGUGAUUAAGAAAGACAAUGUUUCAGCAGCCAUAUUUGCUCCUGGAUGGGUUUAUGAGACUAAUCAGCCACCUGAUUUUCAGACUUCCCAAAAUCGUUGGUGGGGACUUGUUGAGAAAUCUUGGGGCAUCUCACAGAAUUAUCCCCAAACACUUCCAUUCUACUCAAAUUUUGAUCGGGGCCAUGGUUACCAUAUUUUUGUUGAUGGGGUGAAAAUACUGGAUGCUCCUUGGAACAACAUCUCUCUACAAAGCUUACAAGUAUGGUUGCUAUUUUAAAGAGUUCUUCGUUUUUUUAGUCCCUUGCUAUUCACUUAAGAAUAUUCAUACUUUUCCAUUGUUAGCUUCAUAUUCAAUACUCCACGUCUCCACAGAAAUGAAAAAAUGGAACAAAACAGUGCAAUAGCAAGAGUAAUUAUAUAAACAUUUCUAUUUUUAAUUCACUAGUUACUCUCAUGAUGAUUAAACUCACUAGUCAUUG